ACUUUAUGUUGAAGAGGGAGCUCUUUCAGAAACACGUUUUCAAUGUCCCCAGUAUUAGUGUGUAUGUAGUUUUGAAUUUGAAAUUGGAGGAUUAUCUGUCUGUUAUGUAUUUAAAGCCCGGGACCGUGUGUUCGCAGCACAAUGUUGAGUGUGGACUCGUUGCCAGUGGCCGAAGAGGAGGUUGUGGAGUCCAGCUCAAACAGACUGGGGGACAUUUACACUUUUGUUGCCGAGGGCUGUUAUCCUCAAACUAUGAAUCCUAUUCGCAAGAAAAAUCUCAAAAGAUACGCUCAGAAGUUUAUUAUUGACGAUGGCCGGCUGUAUUAUGUGGGACCAAAGAAAGAAGAGAAGCGAGAAGUGGUGAUUGAGGCAGAGCGGAAGAGACAAAUCUUCCUGGAGUGUCACUUCAAUGACAUCGGACACCACCUGGGUCAGAAGAAGACUGUACACAGGAUUCAGAAUUAAAGUGUGUGAAACGUGUCAGCAUGCAGAGCGGAGUAAAAACCUGGCCAGAACAGUAAGACCCAUCAAGGUGGACGGUCCAUGGGAGAUUUUGGCCAUUGAAAUAAUUGGUCCAUUCCCAGGAACUGUACAUGGAGGGAAUACACACAUUGUUAUUAUUACAGAUUAUUACAGUAAAUGGGUAGAAGCCUUUCCUGUGCAAAAGAAAGAUGGUCUCUGUGUUGCACGAUGCAUUUCAUCAUCUGUUUGCAGAUUUGGCCCUUCAAAGACAAUAUUUUGCUCUCAGAAUGCUGAUUUCUGUGAAGAGGUCACGAAGCAGCUGUGUGAGCGGUGGAACAUUACAGUGAGAGUGUUGUCUGUAGACCAGCCGCAGAGGAACGCACUGUAUGACCGCAGCUGUAAUCUACUAAGAGACACUAUAAAACAGAUGGUGGUGGAGAAACAGGUGGAAUGGGAUGAUUUCUUAGAUCCAAUUUUGGCCGUCUUCAGGACAUCGGUCAACCCCACCACUAAGUUUACACCACACUUUUUAAUGUUCAACAGAAAAGCUAGCAUAUCUUGUGAGACAAAGUUUGAUCCUCUUAUUUGCUAUCAGGACCAGGAGGAAAAUAUCCGGAAUGAAGACGAGGCAAACUCUUUUCUUUCCUCUAUGCAGGACCAACAGAAUAAUGUCAAACAGAUGGUUAUUACAAAUAUGAAUGUUGCCUACAGACAAGAAAAGAAAAAUGCCAAAAGGAAGUCUAGAAACAUGCCCUCCAUUACUCUCACAGUGGCCGAGCCAUUGUUCAGCUCAGAGGAAUCGCCUUCAGCAAAAAAGCUCAAGGAAAGCCUCUACCUUUCUUUUCCAGUAGAGACGGUCCUAACCACAGUCCAGAAUGUACCCGACGCCAAAAAGAAUGGCUUAGACUAUCCUCUAACAGACUCUGAUAUGCACUAAAAAUCUUUUAGAUCCAUCAAGCAUUAUAUUUGCAUAGACUACAACCUAAAGGCUUGAUGUGUGCAAAUGUGAAGUAGAUGAACUCGUGCUGACUUUCUGAUUCCACACAAAAUGUAACAAGAUUAAAAUGUUGUGUUUUGGCUGGAAGGGUUAUUGACAUUGAUGAUGAUCUUUGUUUGUGCUUGUUAUUAUGUUACAGAAAAGCUUUUUUUAAAAUUAUGUUAGUCUUUCACUGAACUACACGCCCAAAGAAGUUUGCUUUGCUUAGGUGACUCAUGUCUGAAAGGACAAUUUUUUUUAAAUCUGCAUUUUCUUUGGAUGAGCCAUUGAAAGUAUUUGAGUAUUAUCUGAAAGAAUGUUGUGUAAACAUUAAUUAUGUAUGAAGGUUAUAAUGUUUGUGCUCAUUAUCACAGCAAAUAGUUGUGAUUUUUGUAUUCUGUAUGUUUUUUUUUAUUUCAUUAUAACACCAAAGUGCGUUUUUGUGUGUCUCUGACAAGUUAGUAUGAUCUUUGCAAAAAAAAAAAAAAAAAAAAGUUUAAAUGUGCAUCAUUCCUUUACAUUUGUAUGUGGAAAAGAAACCUUUGAUAUGGGUAUGCCAGUAAAUAGUUAUAAUGUUUUAGAUUUUACCUCAGAAAUGAUUUAGGCUCCAUUCAUGUGGUCCAGCAGUUGACCGUUUUCCUUUGUAAUAAAUGCAUUUGUUAAUCAGUUACACAAACGUA